AUGCACAAGCACAUGAUGAUGCUUCGUGGCAGGCGGGGACGAGACAAAACUAUCAUCGUGUCCGCCUUCGUGGCUUUCUUCUACCUCUUGUGGACGCUCGCAGGAGCAGCAUACAGCCAUUUAGGACAAGGAGACCUACGACCUCGAGCGACAGGCUCUCUCGAAUCAUGGCUGGCCGCCGAGUCGCCAGUCGCUCUGCAGCGUAUUCUGAACAACAUCGGCUCGAGCGGUGCAAAGGUUCCUGGAGCCAAGGCUGGCAUCAUUGUCGCAUCGCCAUCGAAGAGCAACCCUGAUUAUUUCUAUACUUGGACGCGAGAUGCAGCUUUGACGAUCAAAUGCCUGACAGACCAGUUCCUAUCGGGGAGCUCUCCGAGUUUGGAAGGCACCAUUCAAGACUACAUCAACUCUCAAGCAUCUCUGCAGACUGUCGGCAAUCCAAGCGGUGGGCUCUGCACUGGAGGCCUCGGAGAGCCCAAAUCCAAUGUCGACUUGACUCAAUUUACUGGCGCUUGGGGUCGACCACAGCGCGACGGGCCUGCUCUACGUGCGACGGCUAUGAUCGCAUAUGCUCGAUACCUGUUGGGCAAGGGUCAGAACGCCACCGUCGCCAAAAUUAUCUGGCCAAUCGUCCAGAACGACUUGUCCUACGUCAGUGCGAACUGGAAUAUGACGGGGUUCGACCUCUGGGAGGAAGUGAAUAGCGCAUCCUUUUUCACAACCGCCGCUCAGUAUCGUGCUCUGAUCGAAGGCAGUGCGCUUGCAUCUCAGAUUGGCAAAUCCUGCUCGGCUUGCGAUUCACAAGCGCCACAAGUGCUGUGCUUCCUGCAGUCAUACUGGACUGCAUCGUAUGUGCUGUCCAACACUGGCGGCGGUCGCUCAGGGAAAGACGCGAACAGCUUGCUGACAAGCAUACACCUCUUUGAUCCGGCUGUAGGCUGCAACGCCAAUACGUUCCAGCCGUGCAGUGACAAGGCACUUGCCAAUCACAAGGUAGUCACCGACUCUUUCCGCUCAAUUUACACCAUCAACGACGGCAUUCCGCAAGGUACUGGUGUGGCUGUUGGCCGCUAUCUUGAAGACAGCUAUCAAGGUGGCAACCCGUGGUACCUCAGCACUUUGGCUGCAGCUGAGCAGCUGUACGAUGCUGUGUACCAGUGGAAGCAGCAAGGCUCAAUCUCGAUCACGACGAUCUCACUGCCCUUCUUCAGGGAUGUCUAUUCAUCGGCCGCUGUCGGCACAUAUGCCUCAUCCUCAGCCACGUUCACUUCCAUCGUCAAUGCCGUUUCGACAUACGCCGAUAGCUAUAUGGCGAAUGCACAGAAGUACACACCGCAGAAUGGUGCUCUGGCUGAGCAAUACUCACGGUCGAAUGGAACACCACUUUCAGCGGUCGACCUUACCUGGUCAUAUGCCGCCUUCUUGACAGCUCUCAACGCUCGCAAAGCCGCCAUGCCUGCCUCAUGGGGCGCAGCAGCUGCGCGUCUGCCAGGUAGCUGCUCGGGAAGCUCUGCCACUGGACUUUGCGCUACAGCAACAAACACCUUCUCGCGUCCUGGCAGCACUGGAACACCAACCACCACGGCAUGCUCCGCCACGCCAACGUUGACGAACGUUCUGUUCAAUGAGAUUGCCACGACUACCUUUGGCGAGAACGUCUUUAUCGUGGGCAGUAUCUCUCAGCUCGGCAGCUGGGACACGAGCAAGGCAGUCGCUCUCAGUGCCGACAAGUACACAAGCAGUAACAACCUCUGGUAUGUCUCGGUAUCGCUGCCGGCCGGUACCAGCUUCCAGUACAAGUAUGUCAGGAAGGAGAAUGAUGGUAGCACUCGAUAUGAGGGCGACCCUAACAGGAGCUAUACGGUACCUAGGAAUUGUGAUGGAUCUGCGACGGUGAACGAUACCUGGAGAUGA